AUGUCUUCUCUUCUGAAUCUGAGAGAGUUCGUCAACGAGCGACUAUCCGCUGCUGCUGAAGAAAUAUUCGGAGUCUUUGAAAAAACCGUCGUCCAGUACGAGGAAGAGGUCGGUCGUCAGCGCAGACUGCUGGAUAUCGUUUUAAAACCUCAAGUAAAGUUACGCAGGACAGAGCUCCCACAGCAACAUGUCUGUCAGGGGGAGGAGGACGAGGAGAUUCUCACUGACCAGCAGCUCUGUGACCAGGAGAGGAACUUCAGCAUGGACGAGGAGGACCCAGAACCACUACAGAUUAAAGAGGAACAGGAGGAAAUCUACACCAGUCAGGAGGGAGAGCAGCUUGUACUGAAGCAGGAGACUGAUACCUUUAUGUGGACUCACAGUAACAAUGAAUACAACUUUCCUAUCUCAAAGCCUGACUCUAAAACUCACACCGGUGAAAAGCCUUUCAAAUGUGAUACUUGUGGAAAAAUGUUUAAGUAUAAGUGUCGAUUGAAUGUUCAUCAGAAAGUCCACACAGGAUCAACCAGACAUAUGAACAGAGGUAAAAAGUCUUUAAAAUGUGACACUUGUGGAAAAACAUUUAAGUAUAAGUGUCGACUGAAUGUUCAUCAGAGAGUCCACACAAGAUCAACCAGAGAUACACACAUGGGUGAAAAGUUUUUCAAAUGUUACAUUUGUGAGAAAGCUUUUAAUCAUAAGUGUCAAUUGAUUGUACAUCUGAGAGUCCACAAAGGUGAGAGGCCAUAUUCUUGCAAAACAUGUGGGAAGUGUCUCGGAAAUAGAGAAGACUGGUUAAUCCACAUGAGAGAACACACAGAUCAGGUCCCGUACACCUGCAACAUGUGUGGGAAAAGAUUUAUUGCCUUGAGAGUAUUAAAAAAGCAUAUCAGGACUCACACGGGUGAGAGGCCGUAUUCUUGUGAAAUUUGUGGGAAGGGUUUUGGAUCUGGUCAUAGCUUGAAAGUCCACAUAAGAACUCACACAGGUGAGAAGCCGUAUUCCUGUGAAACAUGUGGGAAGGGUUUGGGAUCUAGUCAUAACUUGAAAGUCCACAUGAGAACUCACACAGGUGAGAAGCCGUAUUCCUGUGAAACAUGUGGGAAACGUCUUGCUUCUAGGAGUGCCCUUAAAGGCCACAUAAGAACUCACACAGGUGAGAAGCCAUACUCCUGCAACACUUGUGGGAGAAGAUUUAGCCACAUUACAGCAUGGAGAAGACAUAUGAGAGUGCACAUGGGUGAGCAGCAAAUAUUCUUGUGAGACAUGUGUAAAAGGUUUUUCUGACUGUGGUGUCUUGAAAAUCCACAUAAGAACUCACACAGAAGCCGUGCCCCUGCAACACCUGU